AUGUCACAUAAAAAAGACGAUAUACCUAGUACAUUAGUAGUCAAUUUUGAUAAAGAGUGGCUAUUUAAACAACUACAAAAAAGUUCUGCUGAUAAUAAUAUCGCAUCAACAGAAUACAAUGAUCAACAGUGGGAAAGAGUUUCACUUCCCCAUAAACAAGAACAACUUGAACCAAUAUACAAUUGGUAUCGUAAAUAUUUUGAAUUAAAUAAUGAACCUGAAGACAAGAAAAAAUUUUAUUACUUAUAUUUCGAUCAAGAUGACCAGAUAACAGUUGAUAUCUGGAUUAAUAAUAUAAAGAUAUUAAACGAUGGUAGUUUUCUAUCGUGUUCAUCGUUAGAUAUAACACAAUAUGUUCGUUUUGAAGAGAAAAAUUUAGUUGUUUUAUGUGUUGUAAAUGACACUCUUCAUUUACAAGUCCGUUUGAUAAUUACCGAUGAGACAACGUUAACAUUAAAUUCGACACAUGGACAAACAAUAUAUUCUGGUCAAAUACCGGUUAAACAUAAACAUCAUAUACCGCUGGAAUAUACAGCGAGUUUAACGAAUGAGGGACGCAUUGAUCUUUGUAUAAAUGAAGAUAAAAAAUGUCGAAACGAAUAUUUAUCAGAACUUCAAAAGCAAAGUCAAACACUCAUUCACGGCAAAGAUCCUAAUGAACGUGAUCGUUUAACACUUUACCAAUCGAUACCACACUUAACAAUUUGUAUUAUGGUCGUAGGUAGCCGCGGUGACGUUCAGCCGUUUAUUGCAUUCGGCAAAGAACUCUUGAAAGUCGGACAUCGUGUUCGUUUAGCUACACAUAAAACAUUUGAAAACUUUGUACGUGAAAAUGAUCUAGAAUUUUAUCCACUUGGUGGUGAUCCAGCUGAUUUAAUGUCUUUUAUGGUUAAAAAUGCUGGCAUCAUUCCAUCGGUGAGUAGUAUUUUUGCAGGUGAUAUACAGAAAAAUCGAGAACAACUAUUUGAAAUUCUAAAGUCAACGUGGCGAGCAUGCACUGAACCAGAUAAUAAGACAGGAGAACCAUUCAUUGCUGAAGCGAUCAUUUCAAAUCCACCAACAUUCGGACAUAUUCAUUGUGCACAAAAACUAAAUAUUCCUCUACAUAUUUGUUUUACAAUGCCUUGGUCACCAACAAGUGCGUUUCCACAUCCCCUAUGUAGAGUCGACUAUACAAAAUGGCAUGCGAUAGAAAAAAUCAAUCUUUUAUCAUAUCAAGUCGUAGAAAUGUUAACAUGGUCAGCAAUGCGUGAUUUAAUUAACAAUUUUCGUAAAAACACACUAGGACUCGAAAAAUUACAUACACGAAAAGCAAUACAUUUGAUUGUUGACGAACAUGUUCCACAUACGUAUUGUUGGUCACCUUGUCUUGUGGCUAAACCAGAAGAUUGGGGUGAACACAUUGAUGUAAGUGGAUUCUUUUUUCUUGAAAAAUCGAAAGACUAUAAACCGCCUACAAAACUGGUGGAGUUUUUACAAAAUGGUGAUCGUCCAUUUUAUAUUGGUUUUGGUAGUAUUACGGGUCAUAAUUCUAAACAUUUGUAUGAAAUUGUUGUUGAAGCAUUAGAACGUGGUUCGUUUAGAGCAGUUAUAUUGGGCGACUGGGCAGGGAUCAAUGAAAAUUCAAAGAUACCGGCUAAUAUUUAUCUCAUCAAAGAUUGUCCACAUGACUGGUUGUUUCAAUAUGUUGCAGCUGUAUGUCAUCAUGGUGGUGCUGGAACCACAGCUGCCGGGCUCCGACUAGGUAAACCGACUAUUAUUGUUCCAUUUUUCGGGGAUCAAUAUUUUUGGGGAGCGAUGGUAGCUCAGAGUAAUGCAGGUCCAAAACCACUACCGGGUAAACAUCUGAAUGCCAAUGAUUUGUUUGAGGCUUUUAAAUUUGCAUUAACACCCGAAGUCAAGGCAGCUGCAGAAAAAUUAGCAAACAAGAUAAAGAACGAGGAUGGCGUAGGAGCAGCUGUAAAAUCAUUUCACAAUAAUUUACCUCUCUAUCACAUGUCAAGUGAUCUUGAAUCGACCUAUGCAGCUCGUUACUAUCUACCAGAUUAUGAUAUGAAAAUUUCGCUUCCCGUCGCUCAAGUACUGACUGCUGGUGGAGCUAUUGACGAAUCCGAACUGAGAAACUAUCAUACAAAAGUAUGGGGAUUUCAACAUGAUCAUAAUAUUUUAAGAAAAGGCCAUCGUGCAUUUUCGAAUUUUUUCACAUGGAUAACGAGAGGUUUAUUUCAUUCUUCAAAAGAAGAAAAAGAAGAUGUACUAGGUUUACCAUUGUCUCGAAGUCGAUCGAGUUCAUUAGUAACUGUUGAUAAUUCACCAGAGGGGCUGGCAGCAGCAAAGUCAGGUUUCACAAAACCAGUGUGCCGAAACAUUUUGAAUGACUUUAAACAAAUACAAAUGAGACAUAAGAUACUGCGUGAUGAGUACAACAAAGCAAGAAUAGACGCUAUAAACAGUAACAAUGUACUAAGUAACCUCGUUGUUUGA